AUGCUGGCCCGGCUGGCGUUGCUGCGGCCGGGGCUGGCCGCGGGGCGCUCUUCCUACGCUCGGCGGCUUCCCCGCGCCGAGGCGGCCACGAAGGGGCCGUCGCCGGCCGGGGGCGUUGCCAGGCACUCCGGAAGCCAUGCCCGCUUCUCCUCCUCCUGCGCCCGGCGCCUUCCCCGCGGCCUGCCCAGGCUCUCCCCGGCUGCGCUGCUGGCCUUGCCCCGCCACCUGGUGCCGCUGGGCCGGAUGGCGGCCUGGUGGGCCGGGCCGGCCCUGGUGGGCCUGGGGGCCGGCUUCGGCCGGAGGGUCUUCUGCCAGGAGGCCCCCAAGGUGGAGAUGAUCUGCCUCCCCGGGGAGAAAGAGCCGGACUUCAACUGGGCCAUGUUUUGGAAAUUCAUACGCCCUCAGCUGCUGGCGGUGGCGGCGUCCAUUGUGUUUGCCUUCGGGGCGGCGAUGCUCAACGUCCACAUCCCGCUGCUGCUGGGCCAGAUGGUGAACGUGGUGGCCAAGCACAUGCGCGUGGGCGACUACCUGCGCUUGGUGCGCGAGCCGGCCCUGCGCCUGCUGACCCUCUACGGCCUCCAGGGCGCCUUAACCUUCGGAUACAUCCUGCUGCUGUCGUGGAUCGGGGAGAGAGUGGCCGGCAGUAUGCGGAAGCAGCUCUUCUCUUCCUUCCUCAGGGAAGAGGUCGCCUUUUUCGAUGCCAAUCAGACGGGGCACCUGGUGAACCGCCUGACCGCCGACAUCCAGGAAUUCAAGUCUUCUUUCAAGCUGGUCAUCUCUCAGGGUCUCCGCAGCCUCACUCAGACGGUGGGCUGUUUUGUGUCUCUCUACCUGAUUUCCCCCAAACUGACCGGACUGCUCGUCGUGGUGAUGCCCUUCUUGGUGGGGAUCGGGACCUUUCUCGGCACCUCCCUUCGCAGGCUCUCCCGCAAAGCCCAAGAGCAG